AUGUCUCUCCUACAGUUCCUCUGCGAUACGCUCUACUACAUCACAAACCUCUUCGGGAAGUUCCGCGACCAAUCUCCCUCUACCUCCGCAGACACAACUGGAGCCCUCCCGCCUCGCGCUCUCGCGAUCAAGCGAAAGCUUGGUCUGCUUCGCCGCCUCUUCCUCACCCUCGUCGACGGCGAGUACCGCCAGGUGAUCGACGACUACUCACAGAUCUCUCCUCCGGAGCGCCUCCUCCCCGCCGACCUCACUAUAUGGAAGCUGCACCCAGCGAGCCCCUUCCGCUACUUGCGCGCCGGCGAUGACGAACUCGCCCCUCCCCACAUACGGUCCGCCUACAAGCUGCUCAAUCUGUGCGAUGCCAGCCUCUGGGUGACCAUCAAAGCAGCCACGAAGGCCUUCAAAGACACCGGUGUAGCGGUGGCCUGGUAUCUCGUCCAGCCCCAGCCCCAGCUCAUCUUCGUCGACGAAGACCAGGAGCCGGUGAUCACGACCCACUCGGUAUUCGUCGUCUCCGAUACGAUGGACGGCGCUAGAUACGUCGCCGACUUCACCAUCGAGCAGUUUGGGCACGACGCCGGCGCGUGGUUCGGCACCUGGGCGGAGUACACGGAGCGCUUCACCGCUGGUGCCGAGACGUGGCAAAGGCAUUUACGCUCGGAGCGGAAAGAGAUCAACGAGCAGAUGAAGAUGGAGGAGUACUGGGCACAGGGAAGAAAGACUUUGCGGGUUGUGCUUGCGGGCUUGGACUGGGCAGACUUCGAGCGCAUGAGCGACGAGCGCCGCCAGUUUGUUGAGGAAGAGAUGGUCGUGCGGGUGGAAGAGAUGAUUGGCAAGUACCACAAGCAGCCCGGGAACUGA